ACCGUUUUGCAUUGCCAGCAUGUUACAAUAGUGUGUGUCUUCUUGCAUCACCCAUUUUCCCCCAAAUUGAUAACCCUAAACGCCAUUGUUCCCCAAUUUGAAAUUUCAGAACUUCAAUCCAGUUUCCAUGGCCUCCUUUCGCUCCAAUUCUUCCAAUUCUCGUAACAAAGUAGAUGGGUCCUCGCACAGUAACGCUGUUCUUUGCAACAGAAGUGAGGAUCAAGAUUUGAUAGAAUGUUGGUGCAAAGAACCAGCUAUUCUUCGCACAGUAACAAAGAUGGGGCAAAAUAAGGGAAGGAAAUUUUGGGGAUGUCGAGAAUGGGUGCCUAAUGAUGAUGCUGCUGGGUGUGGCUACUUCAAUUGGCUUUCUAAGUCAAAGAGUGAUGAAACACAAGAACAAACACAACAGCUGGGGACACAAUGUGUGGAAUGCUGCAAGAAAGAAAUGGUAUUAAUGAGCAUUACAAGGAAACUAUCCAAGAAAAAGAAUGAAGAAAAAUCAACCAAAUAUAUGUUGAAAACGGUUGUUGUUAUCUGUUUGUUUUUAGUUGUGAUUUGUGUCAUCACUACAAUAGGUUUGAUAGUCAGUAGUCUAAAGUGAUGUAAUGUGUUGUGUUUAACUCUAGUGUUUAUGUAUAUCAUGUGUUUUGUUGAAGAAUCAAGUUGAUGUAAUGUGUUGAAUUGUGGUUACUUAAUUUGUUGUAAUUUGAUGUGAUCUCA